AAAAAAAAUGGAUUACGUCAAUGGAGUUUACAAGUCUCAAUCUCAAUUGGGAUUUCUUUGUUGACGUUGAUUGACGUCGAAACUCGCGCUAGAGUUUCGUAAUAUAGAGAAGCAUUAACGACUCUCGAUGAAAUAUGAAAAAAUAAGCAUUGUCAGUUUUUCAAAUCGCGUCCACCAGACGGUUUAAAAUUACAAUGCGUCAUCCUAACCUAGCUUGGACAGUAAAUGAAAGCAGAGGAAGUGAAUAAGUGAUAACCUAGCUCCUAUCAGUGGCAUUUAAUAUUAUCGGGCCAAAGUUCAUGUGAACUGUUUCAUCCGUUUUAUCGUCAUCCUCAGUUCAAGUUUGAUUUCCUUCUCAGUAUCGACAAUCGACAUGCUUGAGACGAGCGAAUCUUAUUGUUUGAGAUUAUGCAACUCCAGUUACUGCGAAUUAUCUUUUUUGACAAACGAGUACGAUCAACCUAGUUGAUUUUUUUUACGAAUCAUGUACACGUGCAACAAAAAUAUUUCCCGUAAUAUCGAUGUGACUAUCAAGUGUCAAUUUAACGAAAAUGAAUUCACUUCUGAGAAAGGUGAAUGCUCUAUCAAACAAGAAAAAUAUUCUUGUACGAGAGUCUCUACAGCGACAGCUGAACACCUGCGUUAUGGAAAUGCAAGGCGCUCUGGGUGUCGUCGAGGGAAUGCCAGUUACAAACUGCGAAGAAACAAUGGCUCUCUGUUCAGUCCUGGAAGCGAUUUUCCUCCACGGAUUAAAAGACAGUCUUUUAAAUCGAGUGACCGAAGCCCUGAGUGGUCCGGACUUCGACGCGAUGCCUCAGCCGAGUUUUUGGGGACCGCUGCUCGUUUUUUCCCAUCGGCAAAUCAUCGACCAAAUACAAGGUUUGCCGCAAGUUAGCACCGAGGUCGGCUAUUGUCGAGCUUGGAUUCGCCUCGCCUUGAACGAGGGACUCUUGGCAAGUUAUCUCGCCGCCAUCCGAAGGGACAAUUCCGCUCUGAAGCCUUAUUAUGAUCGCGCAGCUUUCAUUAGAGAUCUGGAUCUUGUUGAAAUCGCCCAGAGGUUGGUCGAAAAUAUGGAAUUCAUCAGGUUCGAUCUCGCCUGCAAUUCGAGUCUUUUAAAUUUCUGGUCUAGCACACCACUCCUCAUGGCCGCAAUUUGGUCUCCGCCCAUGAAAUCUUGCCCGGUUUUCAGUGCAGUCGACAUUGCAAAAACAAUCAGCAGUGACAGCAACGACACUUUUGAUGAAAUCGAAACAGCGAGUUCCAUCGGCAGUUUAGGAUCCUUCAAUUCCUCGCAAACUGGACUCAAUCAUGCCGGCUGUCUCUCCGAGGAUGACGCCCUGAAGAUUAUUUUAAAAAAGAAGCACAAAAACGAUCCGUAUAGUUCGCAGGAUUUGGUUUUUCGUCUGGAUUCGAGAGAGGAAGCGAGAGAGAGGGAUUUCGAGAGGAGGGAACGACGAGAGAGGCGAGAGAAAAAGUGGGAGGAGAGGAAAGAGAGAGAGAGGGGGGAACCUGAUGGCGAUGCUGAAGAGCCAAAAUUCGAGAAUGGAUUCAAAGGGGAAGGAGGCGAAGAUUUGGAUGUAGAUCAAGUGAAUAACGAAGGACUUGAUAUUGAAAAAGAGUCGUGUUCGAAUGCAGAUCUACAAGGAGUGGGAAAUUCUCUGAUAGGAAAAUUAGGAUGGUCGACGUCUUAUGAAGACUGCGAAUCUUCCCUCACGUCCUCUGUUAUAUCUCGGAAUUCGGAUAGUAAAUAUACUCCGGCAGAGGGGACUACUUAUGAUGCUUUGAUUAAGAGUUACAACCCUGCUGGGUAUGGUUCAUCGCCAGAUCUUCAAGAAUUUAUUGACACUUAUCCGCUAAGCCAACCAGUUGUUGUUGAAUCGACUGCUGCGAGUAACGAAAAGGUGACAACAAGUUUCAGCGAGCAACUGGGCAAGAUUCCGAGAGAAAAGGGACUAGACACUCAAAAUUACAGUUGCUACGAUUGUGGACAGUCGAUAGGAAUGACUUUCCCCACAGCCCAUGUCUGCUCAUUUUUCGGGGAUUACUAUUGCACAAAUUGCAUGUCUGACGAAGAGUUUUUGAUACCCUCUCGUAUUAUCCACAAUUGGGAUUUAAAACCGUAUCCAGUUUGCCAGAGAGCAGCCACUUAUUUGACCAAUUGCUCCGAGCUCCUGGAUUUAAAGACAUUGAAUCCCAGGAUCUACUCGGCUGUCGAGUCCAUGGCUCAGCUUCAAUCUUUAAGAAUCAAGCUGAAUUUGCUGAGGGCUUACUUGUUCACUUGCAGGGAGCCGGUGAUCGAAUCGUUACAGAAGAAAGUUUUUCCACGAGACUAUCUCUAUGAACACGUUCAUCAGUAUUCUGUCUCUGAUUUGUUGGAUGUUCCAAAUGGUGCUUUAGAGCAGCAGCUUCUCAAGAUUAUCGAGUUUGCGAAGAAUCAUGUCAUGAGUUGCUGGCUCUGCAGUCAAAAGGGUUUUAUCUGCGAGGUCUGUAAGAAUCCGAAAGUUAUCUACCCUUUCGAUAUGGAGUCAACCUAUCGGUGUUCCGCCUGCAGCGCAGUUUUUCACUCAAACUGCAUGAACGCACGCAAACCGUGUGCAAAGUGCGAACGCAGACGUAAAAGAAUGGACCUUCCUCUCUUGGACGUCGCUAAUUCAGAAUUGCCAUCCGAAGCUGUGAUCGCACCACAAAUAAAAUAAUCUCGCCAGCAGUAUUAUUUAAAAAAAUCAAUAUUUUUACAACGAACAGACUCUUUCGUUCGUUGAAAGAGGUCGAAAAAUUAAAAUCUGUGUAUACGUACCUACUACUGUAUAGAAAAAGCAUGCGAAAAUUGCUUAUUUUCAAGACAAUAUUUCUACUAUUCGACGUUUAUCACUUUUUAUUUUCUGAAAUUCUAUUCAAAUAUUGACUAUCUGUUAAUUUAUUUAUUACGAAACGAUUUUUUCUGUUCCAGAAUUUCGGUAUUGUGAAAAAGAUAAAACAUUUUAACGAUUCGCUUCGGCGUCAAGUAUUUUUUUAUACUAAUCAGACAAAUCAAAAAGUGUUGAUUAUAAUUGUAGACUAGCUUAUCAGUCGAAACAAUAAUGGUUAAGAAAACAAAUAAUUCAGUUUUUAAUUAACUCUUCAAAAUACUAAAAUGUGAUAUAUAAACUUAAUUAAAACUAGACACUACGAGACUCUGUUGCACGAGAUAUUUGUUUUUAUAUAAUAUUUAUUCUCCUUUUAUGUACAAAAGUAAUAAAAUAGUUGAGAUUGCUUACUAUCUUAGUCGCUACGAAUUAUUUGAUUAAUACUGUCGCUAUCCUCACGAUUUAACAGACAUUCUUGUUUACAGUUCGACGAUUUUUGUACGUGCUCUGUUUAAAAAAAAAUUGUACACGACCGAGCGGUUAAUGUCAGACCAAAAUUCGCAGACAGCGCAAUUGAUUUGAUUUUGAUUUUUAAAAUAUAUAUUUUACAUUUGAAUUAACAUUUUCAAUAUAUUGUCGACAGGAUCCGCUCAAUCUGUAAUCGAACUUUGCCAGGUACUCACGCUCUCACCGGCAUUUGAUACAUUAAAAAUUAAAUCAAGGUCUUUUAACGUAUAGCCUACAUCGAUAGAUUUCACUCAAAUUCCGAAAAUGUACAAUUAUGCAGGAAGAACUUUUACUAAAUGAAGCUUCGAAAUUUCAAGAAACAA